CUUCGAUUUCAAGCAAGCAAAGCAUCUCAAACAAUGAACUUGUCGUAGAAUUGAAGUGUAUGUUGAAGACGAUUGAAGACGAUUGAAGACUAUAAAACAAAUUUGCUCUUCAAAAAUAAGAAUUUAACUAGUGUUUAAAUAAUUUCUCGCCAAAAUGUCUGAAAGUAGUAAUUUACUAUUCGUCAGAGGAAAUGGAGAUGAUGAAGCUGAAACCACUUGGGAUGAUACAGCCUUGAUAAAAGCAUAUGACAAAGCUGUCAACGUGGUUAAGGAGGAAGUAGCUAAACGCAUUGCUAAAGAUCCUCAAGGUCGGCAGUUAAAACAGAAGUCUCAAAAUUCUAAGCAUCUAAAUCAAGCAAAGAAGCCUUUCAAAAAAUGGACUGUCGGUGCACCAUGUCGUGCAGCAUAUUCAGCAGAUGGAGAAAUUUAUGAAGCUAUUAUAAUAAAGGUUUAUGAAAAUUCUGGCAUAUGCACAGUGAAAUUUAUUGGAUAUGACAAUAUCGAGAAAGUAGAAUUAGAUUCUCUUCUUGAAUCUAAUGGGUUGGAGAGUCAGGUCGCCCAACAGAAGGAUGCACUUGCAGAGAAGGUCAAUGAACAGACUUGCGAUUCAGACGCGUCCAAUUAUUCCCAAAAUCACAAACAGAUGAAUGGCGAAAAAAUGGAUUGCGAUACGGAAGAUCCCACAUUGUUUAAAAGUACUUUCAUGCCAGGGCUGUCUUUCGAUAUGUCAAUUAAUGGAAUACCACCCCCGCCGCCUUUGCCGCCACAAUUAAUGGCCAAAUUACCUGAGAACGAUACAGAUGCAUUGUCUAGUAUGUUAAUGUCUUGGUAUAUAAGUGGGUUUCACACAGGUUACUAUCAUGGUAUGAAGCAAGCGAAACUGAAUUGGGCGAGGACAAAGAACUGUUAAUAGUUAGACACGGCGUUUAUUUUUCAACGGAACUUAACGCGAAUUACAUAUUAUGCAUUGUAUUAUUACAUAUUAUAUAUAAAUAUAUAUAUAUAUAUAUAUAUAUAUAUAUAUAUAUAUA